GUGUGAGAGGGAAUGACUUAAAGCUGCAGUCAGUAAUUUGACUUUUUACUUUGCUCUUGUUUCAUUUAAAUUCAUUUCUUUUAAAGUGUGGUGGAAAACUCCCAGCUGAGACCAUGGAUAGCUUCCAGACUGUCCUACGCUUCUUCAUGAACCAGAAAGCCACAAUUGGCUACAGUUUCAUGGCUCUUCUGACAAUUGGAGGGGAACGAGUUUUUUCCAUGGUCUCCUUCCAAUGUCCCUGCAACCAUGAUCAGAACUUUGCCUACGGAAUCACUUUCCUGCUGGGUCCGGCUGCAGUGUUGCUGGUCUUGGGUCUGUUCUUCAGCACCAGGUUGUGGAGGCUUUACACCGGAUGCUGCCUGAAUCCCUUAAAGCUUUGCCCCCGUGGGAACUGCUUCGGCUGCCUCAGAGUGUUCCUGAAGAUCUUCAGUGGGGCCUGCGUGGCUCCUAUUAUGUGGCUCUGCGUGGCUCUUCUAAAUGGGACCUUUUAUGAGUGUGCUGUCAGCGGCCUUGAUGAUAACCUAGUGGUGGACCUGUUUUGCAAAAACAAGACCGAGAAGUGUCGGAAGGAGCUGGCCCGGGUCCCUUGUGAACGCUCCACGCUGCCCAAAGAUGAGAGUGUGGAGCUGCUGAUGAUGUUCAGAGCUCAGUCACAGAUCCUGGGUUGGUGCGUCAUCAUAAUUGCCUCUGUUGUGGGCCUCUGCGGUACCUGCUACACAAACUGCAGAUCCAAGGUGAGCUACUUGCAGCUCACAUUCUGGAAACGUUAUGUGGAGAAAGAGAAGGAGCGCUUUGAUGCCUUUGCAUUAGAUUACGCCACCAAACUGGCUGAGAGGAACCUCCAGAGCUUCUUUGAAAACAAGGAUCCUGAACCUUUCCCCUUCCCAAACCACAAGGCAUGGGAGGAGAUCUCUGCACUGUACACCUUCUCCAGGAGCGAGCAGUAUUACAGCACCCUGCAGCGGUACGUGGAGAAGACAGACAGGGACUUCACGCCAGAGAAGAGACCCGUCAUGGACUUAGAGCAUGGCAUUGAGAUGAACUAAAGGCUGCAUUUUAUUGGAGAAUAAAACUGACAUUCAG